AUGAGUGUAGCUAAGCUUGCAGGCAGUUUCUCGUCUAUAAGUAGAGACGAGGCACGCCUUCGUGUGGGGUUCGGGUCGGUUCCGAUGACAAUCGAUAUGCAAAAACCAAAGUCCACCCGUAUCGCUACGGGGCAUUACCCACGCAGGCCAUUUGGCGGCAACUCGGGGAUAAGGAAGCAAUCACAACGAACCCGAACAUCGUACGCUUACUUGCGACGACAAAAAUGGGCGAAGAACAAGACCUCUUAUGUUUCUAGCACUGGCAGAGACGAAGGGACAGAGGCUCAGCAUCGGCUUGAGCCAAUGGUGGUGGACAGUGGUGAUAAGAUGAACAAGACAUUGGCUGGAGGAGACGAUAGCAACCCGGAUGUUCCUGACAUCGUGAUUCACCCGCCGUCGGAUGACGGCGAUGUUGAUAUGGAGAGGAAAGAUGAGGAUGUGGAGACACUCUGUGCGAGGAUUGACGCCCAACUUGCGGGAGUUUUUGAGACGAAGGUUUCAAGGGACGCGAGACUCCAAGCUGAGGCCGACAUCACUCGUCAGACCCCAGAGCGGAGCGCCGUGCAGAGGAUAAUGCCUCAGGCAGUCAACCUUGGAUGGGUCUCUCCGGUCCCUCCGGAAUAA